CAAGGACUGUUGUAAUGCUUGUUAUUAGCAACAGGCUUAAUGAUUUGUUAGUAUUUAAGUUAAUAUGCACUAUACUUCCCAGCUGAUCAGUACUGUAAAACUAGAGAGCCAAUGUAAAAAGAAGAAUACCAUUAAAAUUAGUACAACAUAGGUUUCUAUAGGGAAUGGCCUACAGCACAUGUUUAACAGGGUCGAUUUCAUUUUUCUAAUUUAUUGAGGCGGUUGGUAGUUGCGAAAUUUGCGUCGACCUUAUAGAAGCAUCUAAGGAACUAAAAGAAAAUACCAGCACGUUCUUAAAUAGUUCUUGCUUUUAGAUAUUGCUUCUUUGCUCUUGGAUAUUGAACAAGGGACCCUCAAGAUUGGGCAGAAAGCAUAUUUUAAUUGCUUUCUCUUCUUUCUGUAUGCAAUGAGUAUCCUCCCAAACAGCAGAAGGGUCAUAGGGAUUGUGUCUCGAGUAUUGAUGAUCCUGGUUUUGUCGGACAUGUACGUUGCAUUCAAUAUUCCUGCCAAUUUUGUAUUCGGCGACUCACUAGUUGAUGCUGGAAACAACAACUAUAUAGUAUCUCUCUCGAAAGCUAAUUAUGUACCGAACGGAAUUGAUUUUGGAAGGCCAACCGGACGAUACACCAAUGGCAGAACCAUUGUUGACAUAAUAGGCCAGGAAUUCGGUUUCCAAGAUUUCACUCCUCCUUACUUGGCUCCCAGCACAGUAGGAUCUGUGGUUCUGAUGGGUGUCAAUUAUGCUUCCGGUGGAGGAGGAAUUCUUAAUUACACUGGCAAGGUUUUUGAUAUAAUCUCAAGCAUCGGUGGUCCUGCAGCCCUAAAUCUGUUUCAAAAAUCUCUCUUCUCGGUUACAAUUGGCUCAAAUGAUUUCAUUAAUAACUACUUUACGCCAGUCAUCUCUGCUCUCGAGCGAAAAUUAAUACCUCCAGAAGUGUUUGUUGGCACCGUGAUAGCAAGAUUCAGACUACAACUUACGAGACUCUACGAUUUGGGUGCCAGGAAGGUUGUUGUAGUGAACGUGGGUCCUAUCGGAUGCAUACCAUAUGAAAGAGAUACGCAUCCAUCUGCAGGAGAUAACUGCGUUAGUCUUCCGAAUCAGAUAGCCCAGCUAUACAAUGCAGAACUGAAAAGCCUUGUCUCGGAGCUUAGCACAGGCUUGAAGGGAUCAUCUUUCAUUUAUGCAGAUGUUUAUCGCAUUGUAGAUGACAUACUACACAACUACAGCUCAUAUGGUUUUGAGAAUGCAAAUGCAUCAUGCUGCCAUUUGGCAGGAAAAUAUGGUGGUCUAGUACCGUGUGGUCCUACGUCUAAAAUUUGUGCAGACAGAUCCAAGUACGUGUUCUGGGAUCCAUACCAUCCUUCUGAUGCAGCUAAUGUGGUAAUUGCGAAGCGACUAAUAGACGGCGAUUUGAAUGACAUUUCACCUAUGAACAUUCGUGAACUCUUCUUAGUUUGAUCUACCAAUUUCAAGUUGGGCAAGUACAAGAUUUCCCACGCAGGAAGUUAUCAGGAAUUCUUACUUCUUAUUGGUAAUUGAUGAUAGAAUAUAAUUGAAUUAAACUCUGAUGAUAUAUCCUAUUUCAGGAGUUGAGACUCCUAUUUUCCGGAAAAUCAUUAAUAACUCAUACAUUUUCAGUGCAUCCAAUCAUGCCUGUUCUUAUUACGCCAAAUAAGAUUAUCUUUCUCAACGACUUUGAACAACAAAGUAUUUAGUUCCUAUCCUUGUCACGAAUACAUAUCAAUCAAACUGAUUUGGAUAUUUCUUGCUCUUGUUAGAUCUGUUGUCCAUAUGUUAGGCGUUGAAUCUGACCAUCUGAAUCAUGUGUUUCUUGAUUUUUUUUUUUUUGUUUUUUUUUUAGUGUUGUUUUCUUUCGUUGGAAGGAUUAGACUGAUUUGAUUGCAAAUUUAUUUUGGUUUUGACAUUGAAUUCCUUCUUUUUGUUGGGAGAAUUGGACCGGUUGGUGUUAGGGAUCAAGAAGUGACAUGAGAUGGGCAACGAAGGGUUUGGGGGACGAUGCAGUGACAGUGAUGGUUGAUGAAAAGCAAUGUAAACAGGGAGAAGAGAGUUUUGUCUUCUUAAUUCUAAUUUUUUUUUAAAAAUGAUUAAAUUAAUAUAAGAAAUAAAUAACUUUAACAUCAUUUUAAAGUAUUUUAUGAA